AUGAGCGUUGCGUGUGUUUUGAAGAGAAAAGCAGUACUCUGGCAGGACUCGUUCAGCCCCCACCUGAAACAGCACGCUCAAGAAACAGCUAAUCCCACCAUGCCUGUUGUAUUGACAUCUGGAACAGGGUCCCAGGCUCAGCCACAGCCCGCUGCAAAUCAGGCGCUUGCAGCAGGGACGCACUCCAGCCCUGUUCCCGGAUCCAUAGGAGUCGCAGGCCGCUCCCAGGACGACGCCAUGGUGGAUUACUUCUUCCAGAGGCAGCAUGGUGAGCAGCUUGGGGGAGGAGGAAGUGGUGGAGGCGGCUAUAAUAACAGCAAACAUCGCUGGCCUACUGGGGAUAACAUUCAUGCAGAACAUCAGGUGCGUUCCAUGGAUGAACUGAACCAUGAUUUUCAAGCGCUUGCUCUGGAAGGACGGGCUAUGGGAGAGCAGCUGUUGCCGGGUAAAAAGUUUUGGGAAUCUGAUGAUUCCAGCAAAGAUGGACCAAAAGGGAUAUUUCUGGGAGAUCAGUGGAGAGACAGUGCUUGGGGAACAUCAGAUCACUCUGUUUCCCAACCAAUUAUGGUUCAGAGAAGACCUGGUCAGGGGUUUCAUGUGAAUAGUGAAGUCAACUCAGUACUUUCACCACGGUCAGAGAGUGGAGGACUUGGAGUUAGCAUGGUGGAGUAUGUGUUGAGCUCAUCUCCUGGAGAUUCCUGCCUAAGGAAAGGAGGAUUUGGGCCAAGGGAUGCAGAGAAUGAUGAGAAUGACAAAGGGGAUAAGAAAAAUAAGGGCACAUUUGAUGGCGAUAAAUUAGGAGAUCUGAAGGAGGAGGGGGAUGUGAUGGAUAAAACAAAUGGUUUGCCUGUGCAGAAUGGGAUCGACGCGGAUGUCAAAGACUUCAGCCGUACACCUGGUAAUUGCCAGAACUCUGCUAGUGAAGUAGAUCUUCUGGGUCCAAACCAGAAUGGAUCAGAGGGCUUAGCCCAGCUGGCGAGUAGUAACGGUGCCAAGCCGGUGGAGGAUUUCUCCAACAUCGAGUCCCAGAGUGUCCCGCUGGAUCCCAUGGAGCACGUUGGCAUGGAGCCUCUUCAGUUCGAUUAUUCUGGCACUCAAGUGCCAGUGGACUCGGCCGCAGCCACCGUGGGGCUCUUCGAUUACAAUUCCCAACAGCAGUUGUUCCAAAGACCGAAUGCACUCGCUGUUCAACAGCUGACAGCAGCGCAACAGCAGCAGUACGCGUUGGCAGCUGCCCAUCAGCCUCACAUAGGUCUGGCUCCUGCUGCCUUUGUCCCCAAUCCGUACAUCAUCAGUGCCGCUCCACCGGGAACUGAUCCGUACGCCGCCGGACUCGCAGCAGCUGCGACGUUAGGUCCGGCGGUGGUUCCUCACCAGUACUAUGGAGUUACGCCCUGGGGAGUUUAUCCCGCCAGCCUCUUCCAGCAGCAAGCUGCCGCCGCUGCCGCAGCGACGAAUUCGGCAAAUCAGCAGACCACUCAGCAAACGCAGCAGGGCCAGCAGCAGGUCCUCCGGGGAGGAGCCAGCCAGCGUCCUUUGACCCCGAAUCAGAACCAGCAGGGACAGCAGACCGAUCCGCUGGUGGCUGCUGCAGCCCCCAAUCUGGCCUUUGGGCAAGGGCUGGCAGCGGGGAUGCCAGGUUACCCAGUGCUGGCUCCGGCUGCGUACUACGACCAAACCGGUGCUCUCGUGGUGAACGCAGGGGCCAGGAACGGCCUGGGGGCCCCCGUCCGUCUGGUGGCCCCCGCUCCGGUCAUCAUCAGCUCCUCCGCAGCACAAGCAGCGGUGGCGGCGGCUGCAGCUUCGGCCAACGGUGCGGCGGGCGGCCUGGCAGGGACGACGAACGGACCAUUUCGCCCUCUGGGAACUCAGCAGCCCCAACCCCAGCCCCAGCAGCAGCCCACCAACAACCUGGCAUCCAGCUCCUUCUACGGCAACAACCCUCUCAGCAGCAACUCCCAGAGCAGCUCGCUCUUCUCGCAGGGCUCUGCCCAGCCUGCCAACACUUCCCUGGGAUUCGGGAGCAGCAGCUCUCUCGGUGCCACGCUGGGGUCUGCGCUGGGAGGAUUUGGGACGGCAGUUGCUAACUCCAACACGGGCAGUGGCUCGCGCCGAGACUCCCUGACAGGGAGCAGUGACCUGUACAAGAGGACGUCCAGCAGUUUGACACCUAUAGGACACAGUUUUUAUAAUGGCCUUGGGUUUUCCUCCUCUCCUGGACCUGUGGGAAUGCCUCUGCCCAGCCAAGGCCCUGGCCACUCGCAGACUCCACCGCCUUCCUUAUCUUCACAUGGAUCAUCUUCAAGUUUAAACCUGGGAGGGCUCACGAAUGGCAGCGGCCGUUACAUCUCCCGCUACGGGAUGUCUGACGUUAUGCCCUCCGGCCGAAGCAGGCUGCUGGAAGACUUUCGCAAUAACCGGUACCCUAAUUUACAGCUGAGGGAGAUUGCGGGGCACAUCAUGGAGUUCUCCCAAGAUCAGCAUGGAUCCAGGUUUAUUCAGCUGAAACUGGAGCGUGCUACCCCAGCAGAACGUCAGCUUGUGUUCAACGAGAUCCUCCAGGCAGCUUAUCAGUUGAUGGUCGAUGUAUUUGGAAACUACGUCAUCCAGAAGUUCUUUGAAUUUGGCAGCCUGGAACAGAAGUUAGCCUUGGCAGAACGUAUCCGUGGGCAUGUUCUGUCCCUGGCUCUGCAGAUGUACGGCUGUAGGGUGAUCCAGAAGGCCCUGGAGUUUAUUCCCCCAGACCAGCAGAAUGAGAUGGUACGGGAGUUGGAUGGCCACGUCCUGAAGUGUGUGAAAGACCAGAACGGGAAUCACGUGGUGCAGAAGUGUAUCGAGUGUGUGCAGCCUCAGUCCCUGCAGUUUAUCAUCGAUGCGUUUAAGGGGCAGGUUUUUGCGUUGUCCACACAUCCCUACGGCUGUCGUGUGAUCCAGAGGAUCCUCGAGCACUGUCUUCCUGAGCAGACCCUGCCCAUCUUGGAGGAGCUUCACCAACACACCGAGCAGCUCGUUCAGGAUCAGUAUGGGAACUAUGUUAUCCAGCAUGUACUAGAACAUGGUCGGCCCGAGGAUAAGAGCAAGAUUGUAGCAGAAAUUAGAGGCAACGUGCUGGUGUUGAGUCAACAUAAAUUUGCUAGCAACGUGGUGGAGAAAUGCGUUACUCACGCCUCCCGCACGGAGCGUGCCAUGCUGAUCGAUGAGGUGUGCACUAUGAACGAUGGCCCUCACAGUGCCUUAUACACCAUGAUGAAAGAUCAGUACGCCAACUACGUGGUGCAGAAGAUGAUCGACGUGGCGGAACCAGCGCAGCGGAAGAUCGUCAUGCACAAGAUCCGGCCUCACAUCGCUACCCUGCGUAAGUACACCUAUGGCAAACACAUUCUGGCCAAGCUGGAGAAGUACUACAUGAAGAACGGGGUGGACCUGGGGCCCAUCUGCGGGCCACCGAACGGCAUCAUCUGAGGCGGGCGGCCGGGGGGGGCUCCCUGGCGCCCCCGCACCCCCAACCAGCAGCCGACAAUAUUCCAAUAUACAGUUAGGAAACGUUUUAUGGUUGCUAAACUGCUAAAAAAAAAGAAAAGCCUUUGUAAAUUUCUUUAAUUUUAUUAUGCAUAACAUGUACUAAUUAUUUUUUUUAAUUAACUAAUUGCCCUGCUGUUUUACUGGUGUAUAGAAUACUUGUACAUAGGUAUCCAAUGUACAUGGAAGGCCACAUUUUUGUUCACUGUUGUAUCUAUAUUCCAAAUGUGGAAACUUUCAGGGUGGUUGGUUUGAAGAAAACAAACAAAAAACGUUUUUAAUUCAUCUGCCUCGCAGGCAACUUUUUUGCAAAUACCUGUUUUUUCUCCUUUUAGUCGGAAGUCAGCAAGAAGUUUGAAUUUUAGUUAAAUUGCACAAAGGACGCAUUUAACUCUGUUUAUAAAUAUAUAAAA